AUGUCAUGUCAUGAGCUAAAUGAGCAAAACGAGGCAAAUGACGAUGAGGUUGACGACUACGAAGAAAAUGGGGAACCGGACUAUGUGGCAGAAGAAUUUCGACAGUUCGAGAAUCAACAUAAACCGAAUCUGGAGGAGACAGAAACGGUGAAUUUGGGAGAUUCAGAAUGUGUCAAAGAGGUUAAGAUCAGCACCCACCUGAAUGAAACUCAGAAGGAGAGCCUGGUUCAUCUGCUUGCGGAAUACAGUGACGUGUUUGUUUGGGAAGUCGGUGACAUGCAGGGGUUGAGUACCGAUGUCGUAUCUCAUAAGCUACCUAUCAACCCAGGGUUCGAGCUGGUGAAACAAAAGACUCGAAAAUUCAAGCCUGAAUUGAGUCUGAAAAUUAAGGAAGAAAUCACCAAGCAAAUAGAGUCUCGAUUGGUGGAGGUAACGCAAUAUCCAACCUGGUUGGCCAAUGUCGUUCCGGUCGCCAAGAAAGAUGGAAAAAUCAGGAUUUGUGUUGAUUACAGAGAUCUCAACAAGGCUAGUCCAAAGGAUAGUUUUCCGUUGCCUAAUAUCCACAUUCUGAUUGACAACUGUGCCAAACAUGAGAUGCAGUCAUUUGUGGAUUGUUACGCGGGUUAUCACCAGAUUUUAAUGGAUGAAGAAGACGCGGAAAAAACGGCCUUCAUCACACCUUGGGGGGUAUAUCACUACAGGGUAAUGCCGUUUGGCCUCAAGAACGCCGGUGCUACUUACAUGAGAGCCAUGACGACUAUUUUCCAUGACAUGAUUCACAAGGAAAUUGAAGUAUACGUGGACGACGUCAUAAUCAAAUCCCGCAAGAGUUCGGAUCAUUUGACACACCUGAGGAAAUUCUUUGAGCGUUUACGUCGGUACAACUUGAAGCUAAAUCCCGCCAAAUGUGCUUUCGGAGUCCCAGCUGGGAAGUUGUUGGAGUUUAUAGUCAGCAGAAGAGGUAUUGAGCUUGACCCCUCGAAGAUCAAAGCGAUUCAAGAGUUACCUCCGCCGAAAACGAGAAAAGAGGUGAUGAGUUUCUUGGGGAGGUUAAACUAUAUCAGCCGGUUUAUAGCACAAUCAACAGUGGUAUGUGAUCCUAUUUUCAAGUUGUUGAAGAAAGAUUCCCCGACUAAGUGGACCGAGGAGUGCCAAAUUGCUUUUGACGCUAUUAAGAGCUAUUUGUCCAACCCACCGGUAUUGGUUCCGCCACGAGAAGGGAGUCCCUUGUUGCUGUAUUUGUCUAUUUCGGAUGGUGCCUUUGGAUGUGUACUCGGUCAACACGACGAGACAGGAAAGAAAGAAAAGGCUAUCUACUACAUAAGCAAGAAAUUUACUCCGUACGAAUCUCGCUACACUUUGCUGGAGAGAACAUGCUGUGCUCUGACGUGGCUUGCCCAGAAAUUGAGACACUACUUGUCUUCGUACACCACGUAUCUCAUUUCCAGAAUGGAUCCGUUGAAGUACAUUUUCCAGAAAGCGAUGCCAACUGGAAAGCUAGCUAAAUGGCAAAUGCUGUUGAGUGAGUUUGAUAUCGUGUACGUGACUCAGAAGGCAAUAAAGGCACAAGCUUUGGCUGAUCAUCUUGCGGAAAACCCCGUUGACGAAGAAUAUGAACCACUUAAGACGUAUUUUUACGACGAAGAAGUGUCAUUUGUGGGCGAAGAUAUCUUUGAAGCUUAUCCAGGUUGGAGAUUAUUCUUUGACGGAGCGGAGAAUCACCAGAGUAAAGGUGUCGGAGCAGUCUUAGUAUCAGAGUCUGGUCAGAAUUAUCCUAUGGCGGCUAAAUUGCGCUUCAACUGCACAAACAACAUGGCUGAAUACGAAGCUUGUAUUCUUGGUUUAAAAAUGGCCAUCGACAUGAAUGUUUAUGAGUUACUGGUUAUUGGAGAUUCAGACCUCUUGAUUCAUAAGGUUCAAGGAGAAUGGGCUGUGAAGAACCCAAAAAUUAUACCUUACGUGCAGUAUGUGCAAAAUCUAUGCAAAAGGUUCCGCAAGAUCGAGUUCAGACAUACUCCCAGAAUACAGAAUGAAUUAGAUGACGCUCUUGCCACCAUCGCUUCAAUGAUCAAACAUCCAGAUACUGAUUACAUCGAUCCGCUGGAUAUAGAUUUGAAGGAACGUCCAGUCCAUUGUUCACACGUUGAAUCAGAACCAGACGGUCUGCCUUGGUAUUUUGACAUAAAAAGAUACUUGGAGUCUGGGACAUAUCUAGAAGACGCUACAUCUAAUCAGAAGAAGUCGAUACGUCGUAUGGCUCUCAAUUUCGUUCUGAAUGGAGAAGUCCUGUAUAGGAAGACUCCAGAUUUGGGUUUGUUAAGAUGCGUGGAUGCUGCUGAAGCUGUGAGGCUUAUUGAACAGAUACAUGCUGGAGUUUGCGGUACACAUAUGAACGGGCUUACUUUGGCAAGAAAGGUUCUUCGAGCCGGUUAUUUCUGGAUGACUAUGGAAAAUGACUGCUGCAAAUUCGUGCAAAAAUGCCACAAAUGUCAAGUGCACGGCGAUUUGAUACGGGUGCCACCUCACGAACUUAAUGCUAUGAGUUCACCUUGGCCAUUUGUAGCUUGGGGAAUGGACGUCAUCGGUCCCAUAGAGACGGCCGCUUCUAAUGGACACAGAUUCAUUUUGGUCGCCAUCGAUUAUUUCACCAAAUGGGUGGAAGCAGCCUCUUACAAGUCGGUAACCAAGAAAGUGGUGGCCGAUCUUGUCCGCAACAAUCUGAUAUGCAGAUUUGGAGUUCCAGAAUCCAUCAUCACUGAUAACGGUGCAAAUCUCAACAGUCAUCUGAUGAAAGAGAUAUGUGAACAAUUUAAGAUUAUUCACCGAAAGUCAACUGCUUAUCGCCCCCAAAUGAACGGAGCUCUAGAGGCCGCCAACAAGAAUAUCAAGAAGAUUUUGAGGAAAAUGAUUGACAAACAGCGAGGUUGGCAUGAAAUGUUGCCAUAUGCUUUGCUAGGUUAUCGAACGACGGUCAGAACAUCGACUGGGGCUACUCCAUACUUGCUAGUAUAUGGGACAGAAGCAGUCGUACCUGUUGAAGUCGAGAUACCGUCAUUGAGGAUCAUCCAAGAAGCUGAGUUAAGCAAUGCGGAGUGGGUUAGCAAACGGAUUGAUCAACUAGCUUUGAUUGAUGAGAAGAGGAUGUCGCUANGCCACGGCCAGUUGUAUAGACAGAGAAUGACUCGCGCUUUUCACAAAAGAGUAAGAGCCAGAAAUUUUGAAGUUGGUCAGUUGGUUCUUAAGCGUAUUUUUCCUCAUCAAGACGAGCACAAAGGAAAGUUCGCACCAAACUGGCAGGGUCCCUACAUGGUUCGUAAAGUACUAUCUGGAGGUGCUUUGGUCUUGUCAGAGAUGGAUGGCGUUGUAUGGCCCAAGCCUAUCAACUCAGAUGCUGUCAAGAGAUACUAUACGUGA